GUAGAGCCACAUGGCCACAAACGGAGCUGCUGUUAACAAGAGGAGGAGCAGAAAGAGAGAGAGAGAGAGAGAGACAGAGAGACAGGGAGAGACAGAGACACUGAAAGGAGCAGCAGAGAGGAGCAGCUGGAUCCACAUCACCCGCACAUUAUCAGGCUUCUUCUCUUUUUCUCUCCGGGCUCUCCAUCCGCAGCAGGACACAUCAUGGGAGGCAAGCUGAGCAAGAAGAAGAAGGGAUAUGACGUCAGUGAUCCCAAGGAUAAAAAGGAGGAGAGUGCAGUGGUGGCAACAUCAGCCUCAGAGCAGAAGGAUGAAGCUCCAGCCACUGAGGCCACCAAGGUGCCAGAACAAGCUGCUGCUCCAGCUGAGCCAGCUGCUGCACCUACAGACGUAAAGGAAGAGGUGAAGGAAGAGCCUGCAGCAACCAAGGAAGCUGCAGCUGCACCAGAGCAACCAUCAGCUGCUCCGGUGGAGGCUGCAGCGGCCCCAAAGGAACCAGAGGCUGCACCAGAGAAGCCUCCAGCCCCAGUAGAACCUUCAUCUGCUCCAGUGGAGGCUGCAGCUCCCAAAAAGGAGCCACCGGUGGACUCAGCGGAACCUCCAGCUGCCCCUGUGGAAGCUGCUCCUGCCCCUGUAGAGGCUAAAUCUGCCCCAGUGGAACAGGUCCCAAAGAAACCAGCGGAGGAACCAUCAACUGCCCCAGUGGCGGCUGCUGCGGUUCCCACUGUGGAAGCUGUUUCUGCACCUGUAGAGGAUGCUCCUGCCCCAAAGGAGCCUGCACCUGCCCCAGAAGAGCCUACAGCUGCCAAAGAGGAACCUGCACCUGCCCCAAAGGAGGCUGCACCAGUGGAAGUGGCUGUAGCUACAACAGUGGAAGCUGUUGCUGCCCCAGCAGAGACUGUAUCUGCCCCAGCCGAGCCUGAAACUACACCAGUAGAGGCUGCUGCUGCCCCAGAGGAUCCUCCAGUUGUCCCGGUGGAGGCUACAAUUACACAAGUGGAAUCAGUUCCCGUCCCAGAGGAACCGGUAGCUUCACCAUCGGAGCCUGAAGUUCUACCACAAGAACCAGCUGCUGCAGAACCAGAACCUACCCCAGUAAAGUCUGUAGCUGCCACUGAGGAGCCUGUUGUGGCCCCAGUAGAGUCUGUAGCUGCCCCACCACAAGAACCAACAGCUGCAGCUGAGGAACCAGAACCUAAGCCAGUAGAGCCUGUAGCUGCACCAGAAGAACCUGAAGCUGCAUCUGAAGAACCUGUAGCUGCACCAGAAGAGCCUGUAGCUGCACCAGAAGAACCUGUAGCUGCACCAGAGGAGCCCAUAGCUGCAUCAGAAGAACCUGUAGCUGCACCAGAAGAACCUGCAGCUACACCAGAGGAGCCCGUAGCUGCACCAGACGAACCUGUAGCUGCACCAGAGGAGCCUGUAGCUGCACCAGAAGAACCUGUAGCUACACCAGAGGAGCCUGUAGCUGCACCAGAAGAAACUGUAGCUGCACCAGAAGAACCUGCAGCUACACCAGAAGAGCUCGCAGCAGCACAGGUAGUGGAGGAAGCCGUCCAGGAGGUUUUAAGCACCAUGGAGGUUCAACAAGUAUCAGCUGAAAAUGCAGAAAACACAGAGGUGCCAGAGCCAGAGCUUCCAGAACCUUCUCAAGAAUCCGAGCCCAGUGCUGCAGCCCCAGAACCUGAACCUGAACCUGAACCCGUUGCUGCUCUGAAACCUUCAGAACCAGAGCCUGUGGCCCAGCCAGAGAGUGAAGAACCCAUUCCUGAAAUUGUGAUUUCUGAGUCAGCUUCAGCCAAUGAGCUUUCAGCUGAGGAGCCCAGCGCUGCCCCUAGUGGUACGGAGGAGAAGCUGGACAAUGGCAACUGCGACAGCGCUGGAGUUGAGGAAGAACCUUCCGGAACCGCACCUAAAGUGAAUGGGGAUUGUAAGGAGAAGGCCAACGGAGAUGCCAACGGAGAUGCUGAGGAGUGUGUCAAUGGAGUCGUGGCAGAAAAAGCUGCGCAAGAACACACUGACUGUGAACUGAAAAAGGAUUUAAGCCUUGCUGCUGACCCUGCUGGAGAUGUGGUGGUCAGCCAGGCCAUCGAUACGGUCUGAAAAACCCUUGAAAUGUGAAUUCCAUUCUGAUGCAAUUGAAAAAAGUCCAAGAAAGAACACAGGCUUUCUGAAAAUAGACGUCAAGAAUGCCUGUCGUGGUAUUUUCAGGCAAAAAAAAAAGGAAUUUCUGGUCAACCCAAAAAAAGAAAUGCAACCACUCAAGAGCUAAAAGAGAGACAAAAAGAGAGAGAGAGUGAGAGAGUGAGGGAGAAUUACAGAGAACCAGGAAAAGUCAAAGAGAGAGAGAAUGAUAGAGAGAGAGUGAGAGUGAACAGCGCUGGAAGCCUUUGUACCCUGCCGUGUUCGGCGAAGGCCGGCUGGUGAAUAUAUAAACCAGAAUGAAUGUGAACGAUAGUUAGGCAUAAACAGAAAACAAACUGGACCACAGAUCAAAACUCUGGACAUUAAAGAAACAAAAAAAACAACAACAACAAAAAAAAACAAAAACAUGAUUGGAAUGAAUAGUCUUGUGUUUUUUUGCGUGUGAUUCUGAUAAAUAUGAAAAAAAAAACUGGGUUAUUGGAUUAGCAUUUAAUAGCGUAUAAUCUAAUUUAGGUUUCACAUAUCCUUUCCGUAUCCGAAUGAAGAUUUUCAACUGCGCCGAAUCAGUGAGGAGGAAUGUUCGUUUUUAACGUGAUGGAUUAGAAAAAAAAAGACAAAACAAAACAAAACAAGACUCUUAUACCUUUAAAACCUUGGUGCUUUCAUUUUCACACCUUUCAUUCUUACCCGGAACGAGUGCCUGAGACUGAAACGGUCUUUUGUUAACUUGUGUAAUAUUUAAAAAAGUAUUUCAAAUAAAUGUACGGCAGAAACCUGG